AGGGGAACCACUGGCUCAGUGGACCCCUUAGGUUUUCCAGUUUAAUUUUAAACUCCAGGUAAAUAUCACAGGUAACCCACCAUGAAGCUGGUCACUGUGUUCCUGCUGGUGACCAUCGGCAUUUGCAGUUACUCUGCUACCGCCUUCCUCAUCAACAGUUUGCCUCUUCCCGUGGACAAGGUCUUGCCUUUGCCUCUGGAUGCUCUCCCACUCCUGGACCCACUGAAGCUUCUUCUGAAUACUCUGGGCAUUUCCGUUGAGCACCUUGUGGAAGGGCUGAGGAAGUGUGUCAAUGAGCUGACACCAGAGGCUUCCGAGGCCGUGAAGAAACUACUGGAGGCGCUCUCAUAUUUGGUGUGAUGGCAGAAAAAGCAAGAGUGGGGGAGGGAGGGAGGGAGAUGAUGCUCUCCCUCCCUCCCCCGCAGAAACUCUUUCCAUCCUAAAAUGU